AUACUGGGAGGCCGUGUCUGCAGGUGCUGAGGCUCACAGGAAGCAGAUUGCAGCCUGUGAGUCCCAGGAUAGAUUGAUCAUCUUCUAUUGGGUCUGUACUUUCUGCUGUCCACUCUGGCUUCAAACCUUGUCUGCGGUUGAAUCUCCUUGUCUAGCUCAGGUAGUGUACCCCAGUGCCUUUCUCCAUUCUCUUCUAGGAAUGCCUGGAGCCCCCUAAAACUGGGUUUCCCUAUUCAUGGUCCUGCCUGUUAGCUUUAGUAUCUCGUCCUGGUCCAUAUUUUGCUCUGUGAGGUGGGACAAGUCUUCUUUCUCCUUUUGCCUCAGUUUUCCCACCUAGAAAAUGGGGAACUGACCUCCUUUUUUGCUAAAGCUUCUUCUAGCAAAACAAAUUCUCUUAUCUGAUUUCACCAUUUGUACCCAUUGAGCAAGAGCCUGCAUACUUUGACUGAAGGGACUGUCCUACAUUUCUUAGAGUUCUUAAAAACUGCACAGUUGUGUAACCAAAUUGCCAUGCCCAUGUUUGUGUGGGAGUGUCCUUUGGACACUUGGCAAAUUUGUGGUUCUGGGUUUCUACUCAGGAGUCCUCUCUUCUGGAUCUUUCUUUGUGGCUCUAAUACUCACUCCCUAGGAGUCCCUCUGUCUGUCUUUCUCCUUUUCACCCUCUCUCCCUUCCUCUCUUUUUCCUUCCCUCCCUCCUUCUCUCUCUCUCUCUCUUUCAGAGAGAGAGAGAAGUGCUUAGUUUCUGGAUGCUUUUGGACAAGUGAUUUUGUUCCCAGUUAGUUUUUGGCUCUGAGAAGUGGGGAAGCAGGUGUGAACUUGACCUUGCUGAUUGUCUCCAAGUGGUUUUGGGAGGGACAUCAACAGAAAUGGGAGUUCCAAGGCCUGUGUGAUACUCCCUGGGUGGGUCCAAGGUGCCAGCCCUGGCAGAGAUGCCAGAAGUGGAUAUAGCACCCUCACCUGCCAGGUAGCUGGCCAGAUGUGAAGUCACCAGCUGGGAGAAGGGUGCUGGGCUGGGCUCUCUGGCCUUUGAUUCUUUUGGUUCUGUUCCCUGCAGGCCUCGAGCUGCUCAAAGUGUGAGCUGGAGCAGCCAUGACCCGUUGGACAUCCCUCAAGGCCUCCAGGCCAUACAAACCCAGCUCUUGGGGUAUGGUGGGCUCCCACCGGCGUCUGAAUGCCCCAACCCUAGCCACCUUCCCCUGGAGGGCCCAGGAACCUGGUACUGAGUCAUCUUCCCAGCAUGACCCCCGGGUUCCCCAGCCCCGUCGGCCCCCUGCCUCCUGGCCCAGGCAGAAGCAGCAUCCGCCAUUACGACCCCAAGCAUCAGCUCUUCAGACCCAUGGAGUUCCCCCUCCUGGAGCCAGCCUGGGGGUGGGCCAGGGCCCCCCCACCCCAGGGAUGACUGCAGCCAGCCGGGCCAACCCCUACAGCAUUGUGUCAUCGGAAGAGGACGGGCUGCACCUGGUCACCAUGUCAGGCGCUAACGGCUUCGGCAAUGGCAAGGUGCACACACGCCGCCGGUGCCGAAACCGCUUUGUUAAGAAGAAUGGGCAGUGCAACAUUGAGUUCGCCAACAUGGACGAGAAGUCGCAGCGCUACCUGGCCGACAUGUUUACCACCUGCGUGGACAUCCGCUGGCGCUACAUGCUGCUCAUCUUCUCGCUGGCCUUCCUUGCCUCCUGGCUGCUGUUUGGUGUCAUCUUUUGGGUCAUUGCUGUGGCCCAUGGGGACCUGGAACCAGCCGAGAACCGUGGUCGUACCCCCUGUGUGCUGCAGGUCCAUGGCUUCAUGGCGGCCUUCCUCUUCUCCAUCGAGACGCAGACCACUAUUGGCUACGGGCUGCGCUGUGUGACUGAGGAAUGCCCCGUGGCCGUCUUUAUGGUAGUGGCGCAGUCUAUCGUGGGCUGCAUCAUCGACUCCUUCAUGAUUGGUGCCAUCAUGGCCAAGAUGGCACGGCCCAAGAAGCGGGCACAGACACUGCUGUUCAGCCACAAUGCCGUGGUGGCUCUGCGCGACGGCAAGCUCUGCCUCAUGUGGCGCGUGGGUAACCUGCGCAAGAGCCACAUUGUGGAGGCCCACGUGCGGGCCCAGCUCAUUAAGCCCAGGGUCACAGAGGAGGGUGAGUACAUCCCACUGGACCAGAUUGACAUCGAUGUGGGCUUUGACAAGGGCCUGGACCGCAUCUUCCUGGUGUCGCCCAUCACCAUCCUGCACGAGAUUGAUGAGGCCAGCCCGCUCUUUGGCAUCAGCAGGCAGGACUUGGAGACAGACGACUUUGAGAUCGUGGUUAUCCUGGAGGGCAUGGUGGAGGCCACAGCCAUGACCACACAGGCCCGCAGCUCCUACUUGGCCAAUGAGAUCCUGUGGGGCCACCGCUUUGAGCCGGUGCUCUUUGAGGAGAAGAAUCAAUACAAGAUUGACUACUCACACUUCCACAAGACCUAUGAGGUGCCCUCCACACCACGCUGCAGUGCCAAGGACCUAGUGGAGAACAAGUUCCUCCUGCCCAGCGCGAACUCCUUCUGCUAUGAGAACGAGCUGGCCUUCCUGAGCCGUGAUGAGGAGGAUGAAGCAGAUGGAGAUCAGGACGUUCGAAGUCAAGAUGGCCUCAGUCCUCAGCCCCGGCAUGAAUUUGACAGGCUUCAGGCUGGUGGUGGUGCCCUUGAGCAGCGGCCCUACAGACGGGAGUCAGAGAUCUGAGUGCCCUUGGCUUAGGUGCAGCAUCCACUCUGACAGGGAGAGGCCCCAGCGUCCCUUGGGGACUCUGGGUUUGGGCAAAACAGGCCAGGUGCCCCAGGGUUCAGACUCAGUAGUGUUUUAGUUGUUUUAUGUUUCUUUGCAAUAGCCUUGAAAGAUUGGUGGGAGAGUGGGCAGCCAGAGUGGGCAUUCCCCAGCCUUAGAGGCUGACUCAGGCACAGGGGUUGGAGGGUGGCCUCCUGGGAGGCCAAGCCACAAGAGCCGGGGGUUUCUGCCUGAAGACAGAGCUGUAGCCUGCCUGGAAGCAGCUGUGUAUGUGUGUGUGUGCGUGGGUGCGUGUGUGUGCCCCUUGCUGGUUUUUAACUUGGAGAGGAAACCGGAUUUCGGCUUUCUCAACCUUAGUUCAGAUAAGACUGUUUACCAUAAAAAAAUUAACAUAUGAUUGAAAAAAUUUUUUUAAUUUGAGGGGGGAAGGAGGACAAUUAGGAUUCCAUUGUUGUGCUGUAGCACAAGCAGCUGGAUGGAGGUUCUGGAAGAUUCCCUGAGGCUGGUCUGAUCUCUCGUCAAUGUGUGCCUGGGUUCAUCACUUUUAGGGGUAAUUUAAGUCCUGUGUGUGAUAGAAGAACCACGACCAUGUUAACGAUCAUAAUAAAGCUUUGAAUGUCACUGGGGUAGGGGUGGGGACCUGGGAAGAAACUGGUUUGAUCUUUUUGAGUUUCACUUUGUACCUCAGAGGUUCAUCUCAGGGCUGGAUAUAGGACCUGCCCCUGAGGGUCCACUCCCUCCCUACUCCCAAGGGCCCUGUUUUGCCUCUCUAUUUCUACCCUUGCACAGUGAGGGGUCAUUGGAAAUGCAGGAGUGGACGCUCCUUGGGAAAGGAUGCCAGUUCCCACACACAGAGGAAGCAGAUCAGCCAUGUUCCUCCUGAGCCCACAGAGUGAGUUGUGCCUUAGAGACUGCAGAUUGUUUGGCUCCAGUUGUUUUUGUUUUUAUUGGAUUUGCCUGUCCUUCUGUGUUGUCCCUGACCCCACUGAAGUCCCUGCUGGCCCCUCUGUCUGCUCUGGGAAGGUGCAAAGGCUGCGCCUACCUGGCUCAGGGCCACAUCUGCCUGCCCCUUCCCUCCACACCUGAGCCAGUACUCGUGAACCGAGAAGAGCCCAGCCAGUCUGGGUCUGCAACUGAAAGACAGGAAAGAGUCUAGGAGAGGAGAGGGAUCAUCACUUCCUCCUGCCUGCUGAGGUAACUGGGGAUGUCACAGAACAGGGAAUCCUUGCUCAGCCUUCAGGAGCCUGGGGUGGGGCUUCUGCCCCUCUUUCUUCCUCCUCCCUGACUAUCAGCUCUCUGUAAGGUGCCCAGGGCAGGGGGCCCUGAGGUUGGCCUGACUCCAGGCACCCUGAUCAGGAAGAGGCUUGAGGCCCCUCUUGUGAUUAGUGUUGACUCUGCUGCUCCAUCUAGUUCCUGCAGGUGGCCUGGGCCAGGGCUGGGUGGAGCUCAGCCUUCCCUGGUACAGCAGAGGGAAUCAUGUCCUCUCUGGGCCAGGCUGCUCUGGAAGGUAGUGUUUAGAAAGCCCACGUGUUCCCACUGCCUUCCCAGGUUGCUCCAACCUGUGCCUCCAAGGCAGCUCAGAACCAGAGAGCACCAGGGACUCUCUGGCCCAUAGGGGAAAACUGAGGCAGAGAGUGGAAAAGGGGAUGUGCAAAGUCAUAUAGUGAGUAGGUGGGAUGUGGUAGAGGCUGGGACUGGGAUGGGCUCCUCUGCAUACUUCUCCUUGAGGAUCAGGGAACACGGAGGUCUAGACACUGUCAGCUCCCUGCAAGGUGCCUGGGGCAGGUGACUCUGGGAUAGGCCUGACUCCAGGUCCCUUCCCUAGCCUCAGACCCCACCCUCAUAUCUGGCCUAUAAGACUCAGCCUGAGGCAGCUUUUUCCUCACCUCCUUUGGACUCCUGGACCUGGCUCUUGGCCCCAAAGUCUGACUGGCUUUCCCAGCCUUAGCUCUGGGGUCUUGGGUACAGUUGGUGUGGGAGCACUUGGUUCUCACUCACCCUGCCCAGACUGCCAGACUGAGGGAUGAGGAAAGACAAAGGUGUCCCCUGGCUACUGUGUGGGGAUAUAGGGACCUGGGUUCUCUCUGCCUUUCCUGGACCAGUGGGCCGACCUUCUACUCUCUGCAUCCAAAGCAGAGCUCAGGGGCUCUAGGUCCCCCAAGACCUGCUCCUAGGCCAUCUUAAUGGCCUGGUAUAUUCACCUCUCUGGCCCAUCCUCCUCCCAGGCCUGGGCCCGCCAGAAUGUUCCAGUCCCCAGACCUUGCAGAAGAGCAGCCCAAGCUGCCUUUCAUCUUUUGCCAAAGGCAGAUGCUGUGUUUUCAAAUUCUCUUGCCCUCCUUUUCUCCUUCCCUGUAUGUAUUUAUUUAUUAUUUAUUUAUUGCUUGUGCUAAAGACCAAAAUAGUCUCCUUCUUUAGUGCAUCUAUUUGGGACACCCCUGGGAGCAGCCAUGCACCUGUGUGGGAGCAAGGAAGACUUGGCCCCUGGGGAGUGUGUGGAGAGGGGAGACAACGGUGCGCGUGUGUAUGUGAGUAUACAUGUACACACACAACUGUUUCCAAGUAUAUGACUCCGAUAAUACAGAUAUGUGAUAUAUACAGGUGUGUGUGUACUCAGGUGUCUGUAUAUGUCUACCCACAGGUAUGUGUGUGCGUGUGAAUGUUUUCCACGAAGGAGGCUGGUUUAAUGCUCGCCAGGCUGAGGCUGGGUGCACAUCAGUCAGGUUGGAUGCUAGCGACAUACAUGGGCACAGUUCAACUUGAGAGUCCCCGCCCCUCUGCUCUGAUGAUACAGUCUGUGUACUGCCGAUGUGCAGUGUCCAAAGGUGAGCAUCUGUACUUGGAUCCUGUGUUGGAGGCUGUGGUGUGUCUGUCCAUGUGAACACAUGUACAUGUGUGCCUGUGUGAGUGUGUGUAGGUCCCAGGGUGUGUGUGUAUGAGAAUGUCAGUGGGGCGGUAUGCUGUGUGCAGCCUGUGAGUGCUGCUCAGAACUCUGUGGCUGCCCUGAUCCCCUGCUGGUGCUGUGCCAUCCGGUCCCCGCCUGGCCGAGGGCAUGGGGGGCGGGAAGGAGCCACUGUUGGUAGGCCCCUGUAUAGGGUGUCUGCCCUGCGUGAGGUCAUAGAAUGUCAAAUCUAUUUUAAAUGGUGAAACUGGAGAAUUUUCAUGUUAUUUUCAAUACAUAGCGAUAUCUAAAGACAUAGGCGAUGAGACUAGACCACAUUAAAUGCAUUUUGAUCUCUUUGCUAUUGUGUUGAGAUGUGUGUCUCACUGUCUCCUGCCUGGCCCUACUCAUGCUGAAAGAUCACACUUCCUUGGCCCCUGCAGGCUCCCUGUGGGGAUCUCUGUUUUCACGGGUGGAGUGGGAUAUGGUGGCAGCAUCCGGGUGAAGGGACAGAGCACACCCUCCUUGAAGAUCCCAGAGUGGUCUUCCAACCUGCAUGUGUGUACUCAUUCCCAUGGAGGGCACAACUCCCAGGCAGCUGCCUUGUUCUCCCUGGCUGACACCUCCUGGUUGGAAAGUUUAUGCAGAGAACAGCCGGCCCUCCCAGGGAGUAGGCCUUUUGAUGGGGAGGCCAGUCGUGAGGUGGGUAGCCCUGUUUUCCCUGCAAGAACGGGGUGGGAGCAGGGCGUGCCAGUUGGAAGAAACCCUACUCUAGCCUGAGCUCAGAUGAUGCUGGGGCAAGGCUGGAGUGGCAGUUGGAGGACAGAUAAGUGCUGCCUGCAGGAGAGGCACAUGACAUGUUUUCACGAAACGACUUUCAUUGUGUCAAGGGGCUCAGAGCCUGUGGUCCAUGGCUGAGGCCUGUGGGGAGAAAAUUCUUUCCUUUGUCUAAGCUACUUUCACUCCUCUCCCCAGAAAAAACCCAGGGGACCCUCAUUCUCUGGAUUUAAAUGAUGAUUCCAGAUAACCAGGUAAGAAACCACAUCAUUCCUGGGAAAAGGUGAUGUGUUCUUCAAAACAAGGUGUGGGGGAUUUGGGGAGCCUUGGGCAGUGCUAGUCACAGAGACUUCUUAGAGGUCCCUCUGUUGGGACUUGGAGAGAGGAAAGGAGAACCUUGGAGCUGGUGGCUUGGUCUGGUGGGGACCUCCUCUGGCCCUGGAGUUCUCCCAGAACCAGAAUACCAGAAUCCAGAGUGCUGUGGCUUCACUGAAUUUCCUAAUUGACCAGGAGGCCUGGGACCCCAAGUGUGUGAAGACCUGGCCCCAGUUGGUGCUAAACAUUGCUCAAAUUUUGUGUCACUUGAGCUUUCUGUCUCUCACCCCUCCCCCACUUCCCCCAAAGGGCCCUGGGUCAGACAGACCCCAGGUAACUUGCUUGCUGGGGGAUCUGGAGUAAAUUUCUUUCCCCUCCAGCUUCAGUCUCCCCAUCAGUAAACAGAGUAUUCAUAAUAAUGACCAGCUUGCAGAUUUGUUAAAAAAGUGAGAGGGAGAAAGAGAACUUUUUUUCAGCGAUCCCUUGGUGCCCUGAUUCCUGAUGAAGCACUUUGCUUUGGUGCUCAGAUGCUGUACCUGCAGAGUGCGACCUGCUCAAGGUCACUGCCAGGAGUCACAAUCUAGGCAGAGGCUGUCAGCUUCCCUGCCUCCCCAGGGAUGAAUUGAACCCACCUUUGAAUCUGCUUUCAGCUAAAUGAAACUGGGGUGGUGUGGGCUUCUGUGAUGAGGGUAAACCAGCACCUGCUAAGGUGAAGUGUGAGGUCUGAAGGCCUGGGUUGACCCUGGGUACAUCCUCCUGGGCAGGCCAAAGAGAAGUUGUUGCCCUGUUUUAGAGAAAAUUGAUUGAGUGGCACUAGUGCCUUGCCCAAGGUCACUGGAGAAUCUAAGCUGGGAUCAAACUAGACCUCAAACCCUAGGCCAUCCUGUGGUCUUCAUGUCAAGUCAGAUGCCCCUCACUCCAGAGCACUAGACUUCCUGGGGCCUCUGCCUGCCAGUGGCCAGGGCUGGAGCCGGAGUCUUGGCCAUCAUGGGGACAACCUAGCUGUGGCCCCCAGGACUCAGAUUGGAAUUGCACAUGGAUAUUUCCUCAGCAUGAAGGGAGGCUGGACGGCUGCAGAUCAGAGCUGCCCAUUUGCUUCUUGGCAAUGAGGGACCUCCAAGGACACACCCUAUCCCACUAUAACCCACCCUCUACCUAGCACGGUCUUAAAAAUCAGAAUGAAGCCUAAAACCAUCCCUGGCUUCCCACCACAUUGAAAAUAAAAUCCCUAAUGGUCUCCUGGCCACCCAGCCCCAUCCAACCC